AUGGGACAGGCCCAUCAAAAUGCACAACACGUGCAGGAGAUCGAUGUCGCCGACCUACAGGAAAUGUACAAGAAGUUUGUGAUGGAGUGUCCCAGUGGUGUCUUGUUUUUGCACGAGUUUAAGAAGUUUUUUGGAAUCGAUUCAACCGGGGAGGCAUCAGACUAUGCCGAAAACAUGUUUCGAGUUUUUGACAAGAAUGGGGACAACACCAUAGAUUUUCUGGAGUAUGUUGCAGCCCUGAAUCUUGUUUUCAGAGGAAAUCUCGAGCACAAAUUAAGGUGGUCAUUUAAAGUCUAUGAUAAAGAUGGCAACGGGUAUGUGGACAAAAAUGAACUCAGGUCAAUCGUCGAGUGCUUAUAUAGAAUAAAGAGGAAUUCACAAAGAGACACGGACUGUCAGCUGCUCACAGCAGAUGAAGUGUGUGAAAGAAUAUUUCAAGUUGUGGAUGCAAAUGGAGAUGGGAACAUAACUCUGGAGGAGUUUAUUGAAGGAGCCCAGAGGGACCAGUGGGUGAUGAAUAUGUUUCAGCUGGACAUGAAUCCCUAUGGAUGGGUUUUAGAACAAAGAAGAAAGAGUGCUCAUUUUUAA